UAUACUUUAUCAUUACACAUUUUGUAUAAAUCAUUUUCAAGAUGAUUUAUUUAUUGGUUAUAAUUUUAACAUACCUUGUGCAUUUAUAUUUAAAACGAAAUCAUACAAUAUGGCGAAAACAAGGAAUAAAAGGACCAGCUGCAAUACCCAUUCUUGGUAACUUUGCUCCCAUAUUUUUCCUUAUGGAAACAUUUCCUGACUAUAUAAGAAGAAUUUAUGAAUUAUAUCCAGACGAAAAAGUUGUUGGUCUGUUCCAAGGAUAUCGGCCAACACUCCUUCUAAAAGAUCCUGAAAUUAUAAAACAAGUUCUGAUAAAAGAUUUCCAUAUAUUUCCAAACCGAGGAAUAACACCGGCAAGAGGCAAAUUCAAUGAAAACUUAAUAGUCUCCAACGACACAACGUGGAAAGUUCUAAGGCAAAACCUUACUCAGGUAUUUACGUCAAAAAAACUUAAAGAUAUGUUUCCGCUUAUGCAGAAAAGUGCAGAAAACUAUAUAUAUUCCGUUCAAAAUCUCAUAAAGGAAAAUAAAGAACAGGAAAUGAAACAACUAGCUGAAAAUUAUACUACACAAGCAACUACUAUAUGCACUUUUAGUAUUGAUACAAAUCCAUUCAAUAAAAAAAAUAAUGAAUUCUGCCAAGCAACCAAAAUGAUGACCACGCCUGUAUUAUCAACAAAAUUGUCGUUAAUUUUAAAUAUUAUAUUCCCAGGAAUACGAAGAUAUAUUUAUACUAAUCUCAGAGCAGAAAGAUAUUUCACUAAUCUAAUUAACAACAUAAUAAAAAAAAAAUCGCUAAUAGUUAGACAAUCGAAAGAUAUAUUAGAUCUGUUAAUUAAUUAUCGGAAUCGAGGAAAAAUGAGUACGAGAGGAGAAAGCGGAACAGCGGAAAUAGAUCUCAAUGAGGAGUUGCUGAUUGCUCAAGUUACAAUAUUUUAUUUUGCUGGAGUGGAACCAUCCGCCUGGCUGAUUGCGUAUAUUCUUCAUGAACUAUCUUUGAACCAAAAGAUUCAAGAUAAUCUUUAUGACGAAAUAUGUAAAGUAACUAUAAAACAUAACGACAAGUUAACAUACGAUUCCAUCAAUGGCAUGACUUAUUUGGAUAUGGUUAUGAACGAAACUUUAAGAAGAUACCCCAUUGCGACAACUGUUUUACGUAAAUGUAACACAGAUUAUAUUGUGCCCGGAACAAAAGUAUUUAUACCCAAGGACACUGCUAUAAUUAUCCCUAUUGGUGGAUUACUGAGUGAUCCAAAAUACUUCACAAACCCUGAAAUUUUUAAUCCAGAAAAUUAUUCUCCUGAGAAUAAACAAAAGAUACAACAAUGUGUUGAUUUGUCAUUUGGAGAAGGACCACGUAAUUGUAUAGGUAUGCGAUUUGCUAUCAUGAUGACCAAAAUCGCAGUGGUGGAAUUUAUUAGGAAAUUUAAAGUGCAUCCAUCUCCUAAAACCAAGCUACAAUUUGAGCUUCAGAACUUUACCCUGUUGUACGCCUCCAAAGAUGGCAUAUGGCUCAAUGUAACGCCACGUUAAACCAAUAUCGUCACUUUUUGACCCCUACUUAUUCACAUUGUUCUAUUCUAUUUCUAUUUUUUAGAAACAAAAUGAAAACAAAUACAUGUUCAUAUUAUAGUAUGUAUUAUGGAAAAUAAAAUAUUUUUGGCACAACA